CAUAGAAGAUGAUGUCAUUUUUGCUGUGGUUUUAAAUUCCAACGGUUUCUUUUUUGUUUUCUUUUUCUUUGCAUUCUUUGGUUUCUUUUUUGCAUUCUGUCAAAUUAAGUGUGUAUGUUUAUUUAUAUUUGCAUUUUCAUUUCUUCCAUAUUACAAUAAUUAUAAUAUACACUUUACAUUACAGAUAGAUUCUUUACCAUUCCACUCUGGUUGUGAGGUUGGGGUACAAAAAGAUAUAAAAUCCCCUUUCAACUUUUAAAUUUAAAGACUCUGAUGUUCUGAUCCAAAAAUUCAAAUAGUUAUAGUGUUUAUCGACCUGUAAAGUACUUUUUGUUUUUAUCCAGUUUACUUGUUAGUUAUGGAAUUUAAUAUAGAAAAGGAAGAGUUUGUUAACAAUGACCAAAAACAUCAGAAUCAGCUUUCCACAUCAGCAGAUCUUGCUAAUUUGAAGAGUGAACCAGAAGAUAAUUCAGCUAUGGAAAUAAAAGCUGAAAUUAAGGAAGAUUUUAUUGAGGAUCAUCCUAUAUAUGUGGAAAAUCAGCUUUCAACAUCAACAGAUCUUGCUGAUUUGAAAAAUGGACCAGAGGGUAACUCAGCUAUGACAGUAAAAGCUGAGAUUAAGGAAGAUUUUAUUGAAGAUGAUCCUAGAUAUCUAGAUAGUCAGCAGUCCACUUUUCUUGAUGUAGAAGACUUGAAGAAUGAAGCAGAUGAUUAUAACUCAGUUAUGGACAAGAGAAAACGGCUUAGCGGAGCUGCAUACAGAAAAAAAGCACCAGAAAACAUAGAAGUUAAAAAAUGUCUAAUAAAGACUAUCCCAAAAAUUAACUCAUUUUUCACUACAAGAAGUAAUGAUCAUGAUGAAGCUGGUGGAUCCAGUUCUGCUAACACAGAAACUCCGUUGGCAGAACCACCAGAAAAUGUUAAUGCAGAAACAACUGAAGACUCUCCCACUGCAACGUUAACACCACCUGAAGAAUUUUUUGUGUCUACCGAUCCUGCUGAUUGGACAAAAGAUGACAGAACAAUACAAUAUUUAAUAAUGAAUCCGCCACAACAGGACCUGAAUAUUGACUUUUCAUGUUCCGCCGUUAGAGAGCAUUCGACUGGAACAAAGAGAUCCCUAAGAAGGAAUCAUUUUUUCAGAAAAAUGUUGAACGGUGAAAUGAAGUUAAGGAAUUGGCUACUUUAUUCUAUAUCGAAGAAGAGUGUAUUUUGUAUUCCUUGCCGUCUAUUUCGGGUGCAACCGACUUCUUUCACUACUGGUUUUAAUAACUGGAAGAAUGCUGUCAUCAGAUUAAAACAACAUGAAGAAUCAAAGGACCACAUCGCAAAUGUCUUGACUUUUUUCAAUCGAGGUAAAUUAAAAAACAGAAUAGACUGUUCCAUAACAAGUACGUUCAGAAGCGAAGUACAAUACUGGCGCAACGUUUUGCAACGUAUUGUUGCAACAAUAAUUACACUGACCACAAGGGGACUUUCCAUUCAAGGAGAUAAUUCAGCUAUAGGAUCAGUUCAAAACGGCAACUUUUUAGGUUGUUCAGAACUCAUAGCAGAAUUUGAUCCUUUUUUGCGCGAGCACCUUACUAAAUUUGGAAAUAUUGGUCAGGGGAACUGUAAUUAUCUGCCAAACACUAUAUGCGAGGAACUAAUAGUUUUGAUGGGAAGAAAAGUAAGAAGAACGAUUGUUGGCGAAUUAAAGCAAGAAAAAUACUAUUCUAUAAUAGUUGAUUCGACACCAGACGUUUCUCAUGUUGAUCAGCUAGCAUUUUUAGUUCGCUAUGUUUCUGGUGAUGGUAUGCCGACUGAAAGAUUUAUUAAAUAUAUUCCAUCUGAAGGUCACAACUCUGCUGCUUUGGAAUCGACAGUUAUUUCAACUUUAGAGGAAUGUACCAUUGAUUUAAGUGAUUGUCGUGGCCAGUCAUAUGAUAACGCAUCGAAUAUGUCUGGCAAAUAUUCAGAACUGCAGGCCAGAAUAAAAAAUCACAAUAAACUUGCUGAAUACGUACCUUGCUCUGGACAUUCUCUCAAUUUGGUAGGAUCUUUAGCAGCAGAAUUCUGUCUGAGCGCCACUUCCUUUUUCAUUUUUGUACAAGAAUUAUAUACAUUUUUCUCGGCUUCCACAUAUAGAUGGAAAAUUUUGACUGACAACUUAAAGUCACCUGUUGUGAAAUCCCUUAGUGAAACUAGGUGGUCUGCAAGGGCGGACGCAACUAAAGCGUUAUACACUGGCUUCAGCGAAAUAAAAGAUGCGCUUUUUAAUAUCUGUAACGACGAAUGUCAAACUGCAGUUGUAAAACAUCAAGCACUUUCUAUAUUUGUAAAAAUGGACACUUUUGAAGUGGCUUUAUUAGCUGUCAUUUGGCAACAUAUUUUAGAAAGAGUAAACCUAUCCAAUAAUUAUGUCCAGAGUCCUGCAACGGAUCUGGGUUCUGUCGUUAAAGAGUAUGAAUCUCUUUUAAAUUACUUUACCUCAAUCAGAAAUAAUUUUGCCAUUUAUGAAGAGGAAGCCAAAAAAUUAUGCCCGGAUAAAACAUAUAAAGAAAUAAGAAAGAGAAAAAGAAAAAUUCAAUUUGACGAGGGGGCCGAUGAUGAACUAAACUGUUCAGCUAGUGAUGAGAUGAAAAUACACACAUUCUAUAUUAUAAUCGACACGCUUAUGAGAGACCUGAAUAGACGUCUGGAAUCUUAUCGACUUAUUUAUCAACGUUUUCGUGUUAUAACAGAUUUACCAAAAUUAAACAAUGAAGAAAUUAAUAAAGAAGCUGAAAAUCUGAUACAAAUUUAUAAAGACGACCUAGAUGCAUCAUUCAUACAUGAAUGCAUUCUCUUAAAGGGCCAAUUGGAUAUCACAAUAAAGUCGCCAAUUGAUAUAUCUCACUAUUUAAAGAAGAGUGGAUUAAAAGAUAUUUUUCCUAAUUUUGACAUUGCUUUACGCAUUUAUUUGUGCAUUCCAGUUGCCAACGUGUCCGCUGAAAGGUCAUUUUCAAAAAUUGAAAAUAAUUUCCGAUCAAGUAUGACGCAAGAACGUCUUAAUAAUUUGUCGAUUUUGUCCAUAGAAAGUGACGUAACAAAGGCGAUAAAUUAUGACGACAUUAUAGAUGAUUUGGCCAAAGAAAAAUCAAGAGAGAAAUCUUUGUGAUCGAACUGGAAUGACAAUUUUUUUCUGUGAUAUGUAUAUAAACAUCGUAGUUUAAAUCCAUUUUUAGUGUAUUCUUUGUUAGAGUACAGUGAAUUGUGGGAACAAACCUUUGAAAUGUUGUGUUGGCAGCAGUGAGUGACAAGUUCCUGUCCUUUGUAAGAAUUGUCAUAUCACAUAGUAAUAUUGUCAAAACAAAAUGCAAGGCGCCUUUUUAUAAUAGUAAUAAUGUAACAUUACGCCUGAUAUAAAAUAAAGAAUAUUUUUAACACA